ACAGUUUGAUCUCUGGUUCUCUUGCCUUGCUUGCCUUGGCAUAAUUGUCAGUAUAUACGCUCAGUCACAUUAUACAACAGAUCACUUCUCCGUCUAUCAUAUCUAUUUAUAACACAGUAGUUUUUUCUAAGAAUUGUGGGUUUUGUGUGAUUUCAAGGUGUAUAGUCAUGAUUUUUCCAAAAUAAGGACCCUUAUUAUUAAAAGUAAUAAUAGACUCUUCACCUCUGGAAAAAUAAAAUUUCAUUAAUUCUUAAAUGGCUGGAUCUUUACUUAAAAGAAAACAAUAAAAAUAAAAUCUCCCUUCACACAUAUAUACGUAACUUAGAGAUGUGAAUUUUUCUCUUUCUUAGGUAUGGAAAUUGUUUCUGAAAAGGAGCUAGCUCAGUUAGCUCUGGUUCGACCAUUAAUAUUCAAUACACAGGAGCAAUCAACCAUCAGGGAUUAUUUUAAAAUACUUACAAAAAAAGUAUCAGAAGAUGAAAUCACCCAGGAAUUUAAUGCUUUGAAAGUUAAGAAUCUGCCUGCUGUUUUCCACUCUGGGAAUGAACUACACAACAGAGACAAAAAUAGAUAUCGAGAUAUUCUUCCAUAUGAUUCAACACGUGUUCCUCUCGGAGAAAACAAGGACUACAUCAAUGCCAGUUAUAUUAAAAUAGCCAAUUCUGGAGCAGAGUAUUACUAUAUUGCUACCCAAGGACCACUGCCAACUACCACGGAUGACUUUUGGCAAAUGGUUUUGGAAAAUAACUCUAAUGUUAUUGCCAUGAUAACCAAAGAGAAAGAAGGUGGAGUUACCAAAUGCCACCAUUACUGGCCUAUUUCUAUGAAGAAACCUUUGGAAUUGAAUAGCUGUCGUAUCUUCCUGGAGAACUAUCAGAUACUUCGGUAUUUCAUCAUUCGAAUGUUUCAAGUUGUCAAGAAGUCUACAGGAGCUAGUCACUUUGUAAAACACUUGCAGUUCACCGACUGGCCAGACCAUGGCACUCCUACUUCAGCAGAAGGUUUUAUAAAGUAUGUUCGUUAUGUGAGGAAGAGCCACCUUACAGGACCCAUCGUUGUUCACUGCAGCGCAGGCGUGGGUCGGACAGGGGUGUUCCUGUGUGUGGAUGUUGUAUUCUGUGCCAUUGAAAAUAACUUUUCAUUCAACAUCAUGAAUAUAGUGGGCCAAAUGAGAGAACAACGUCAUGGAAUGAUCCAAACAAAGGAGCAGUAUAUGUUUUGUUAUAAAAUUGUGCUUGAAGUUCUUCAGAAGCUUUGGACUGUAAAGUAAGAAAGACUUCUAUUGCCUCACACUUGAAAUUACUAGCAAGUGGCUUGGAGCCUCCUCUUAAAGAACAUGUUUGAGCUGUGCUCGAAGGGCUUUGCUUAUACAAAUGUGCUUUCUUGGUAUAUCAUUUGACUUUCUGACAAUUCCCUGAAGGCAGUACCAUUUGGUUUGAGGUAAACGGUGUUUACCCACUGAUCUUACUUAGGUAAUAUCAAAUACCUUCCCAUAUUUUCCCAUGAAAUGAAAGUUAUGUAAAGCAACUUCCGUCUAUUUGGUUGAAGAGAUUACAGAACCCAGUAAAGGAUUUAAACUGUAUUAUUUAAGAUUUUAUUUGGAAAGACAGCUGGAGGGAGCUGAGAAUUUUCAGGAUCACAAGAUGGUGAGAUUAUAUCAUGAUUUCUUACAAGCAUUUUCAAGACAGAUACGUAUCCAUGUUUUCUAGCUAGAGUCUGUACUGUUAGGUGGUAUUUGAACAGCUUAGGUCACUCAAGAACCCCGUUAGAGAGGGUCAAAUUGGAUUCCCUUCCCCUGUGCUUCUCUACUCCUGUGGGGCCCCAGGGACCUCAAAGGACAAGCUGCCUUUCUAGAGCAGCUGGAUAAGGUCUGGGAAUUUUCAUGGGUGGGCAGAGUUCCUCCUCUCCAUCACUGGAGCACACUGGUGAACAGUCCAAAACUAAAAUAGAUGUUUAUGUAGAAAGUCCAAGAGGAAACUUUUGCCCGUUCUUGAGUUCUUUCCUAUCCCACCCUAACACUUAACAUAUUAGUCUGCUUUGUUAAAAGCAAACAUUACAUUUUACUUGCCUCUUAAUCUCUGCCCUUUAGCUUUAGAGGGCAAUAAACUUUGA